AGAAGUAAUGGCGACGUCGGUGGGUACCGAGUCCCCUCGGACUGGGUUAACCCGAAGAAGCCGAAGCAGGAAUAUUCUGUCGAGGAUCAGACACGGAGAGAUCACCGGCCGGGGAAUGUGCCGAGGGACACAGAUACCAGAGGCUCUGCUCCAGGAGCGGGACAAGCGUGCCAGGUGGCACGGGAUCCCCAUCUUGCUGCAGAAGCUGUAUGUGAGCAGUCAUCCCAACAGCGACCUCUCCCAGACCCACGGAGUGGUGAAGGAAUUGUCAUCCUUACUCUCCAUGGAAGCCAUGUCGUUUGUGACUGAGGACAGGAAAACGGCCCAGGAGUCCACCUUCCCCAACACAUACACGUUUGAUCUCUUUGGAGGCGUUGACUUACUGGUGGAAAUCUUAAUGAGACCCACUCUGACAACACAGAUGAACAACCCCAAAAUGAGUGAUGACCUAGUCAAGGACUGUCUAAGUGUUCUUUACAACUGCUGUAUAUGCAAGGAAGGGGUGACAAAAAGCUUGGCGUCAAGGAACGACUUUGUCCUGUUUCUGUUCACACUGAUGACAAAUAAGAAGACCUUUCUGCAGACAGCCACGCUAAUUGAGGACAUUCUUGGUGUCAAGAAGGAGAUGAUCCAGCUGGAGGACAUCCCCAACCUGCCCACUCUGGUGCAGAGCUUCGACCAGCAGCAGCUCGCCAACUUCUGUCGCAUCUUGUCCGUCACCAUCUCCGAGCCCGAUGUCGGCAACGACGACAAACACACUCUCCUGGCCAAGAACGCCCAGCAGAAGAAGAACGCCAGCCCCUCGCGUGCAGAGGUCAACCAAGUGACUCUCCUCAACAUCCCGGGCUUCAUUGAGAGACUGUGCAAGUUGGCGACGCGGAAGGUGUCGGAGGCGACAGGGACGUCCAAUUUCCUGCAGGAGCUGGAGGACUGGUACACCUGGCUGGACAACGCCCUUGUACUGGACGCUCUCGUGCAGAUGGCCACAGAGGAGGCAGAACACAGCAGUACAGAAUCAUCAGAUGAGAGCACUCUGGCCACCAGCCCCCUGAGACACAGGCUGCCGCAGUCGAUGAAGAUCGUGCACGAGAUCAUGUACAAGGUGGAGGUGCUCUACGUCCUGUGUGUGCUGCUCAUGGGCCGGCAGAGGAACCAGGUGCAUAAGAUGUUGGCUGAGUUUCGGCUCAUCCCGGGACUCAACAACCUCUUUGACAAGCUCAUCUGGAGGAAACAGACAUCCAACCACGUCCUGCAUGGUCAGAACCAGAACUGUGACUGCAGCCCAGAAAUUUCCUUCAAAAUCCAGUUCUUGCGGCUACUCCAGAGUUUCAGUGACCACCACGAGAACAAGUACCUGCUUCUGAACAGCCAGGAGCUGAACGAGCUGAGCGCCAUCUCUCUGAAAGCCAACAUCCCGGAGGUGGAGGCUCUGGUCAAUACCGACAGGAGUCUGGUGUGUGAUGGUAAAAAGGGUCUGCUGACGCGACUACUUGCAGUCAUGAAGAGGGAACCAGCGGACUCCUCUUUUAGGUUCUGGCAGGCCAGGGCAGUGGAGAGCUUCUUGAGAGGGGCCACCUCCUACGCUGACCAGGUGUUCCUCCUGAAGCGUGGCCUUCUGGAGCACAUCCUGUUCUGCAUCAUCGACAGCGGCUGCAAGUCCCGAGACGUGCUGCAGAGCUACUUCGACCUGCUGGGGGAGCUCAUGAAGUUCAACAUCGAUGCUUUCCGGAGGUUCAACAAAUACGUCAACACGGAGGAGAAGUUUCAAAUAUUCUUGAACCAGAUAAACAGCUCCUUGGUGGAUUCCAACAUGCUGGUGCGAUGCAUCGUCUUGUCGCUGGACAGAUUUGAGAACCAGACAGAGGAUGUAAAAGUGGUGGAAGUGCUCUCAGAAUGCUGUCUGCUGUCGUACAUGUCCCGCGUGGAGAACAGGCUCUCCUUCCUCUUCAGGCUCGUCAACAUCAUUAACGUGCAAACACUUACACAGGAGAACGUCAGCUGCCUCAACACCAGCCUGGUGGUUCUGAUGCUGGCGCGGAGGAAAGGCAAGCUGCCCUUCUACCUGAACGCCCUGCGGGAGAAGGAGUACGCUGAGAAGUACCCGGGCUGCCUGCUCAACAACUUCCACAACCUGCUGCGCUUCUGGCAGCGCCAUUACCUCAACAAGGACAAGGACAGCACCUGCCUGGAGAACAGCUCCUGCAUCUCCUUCAGUUACUGGAAGGAGACUGUGUCCGUGCUGCUGAGCUCGGACCGGACUUCCCCCUGUGCCAUAGCGAGCUACAUCGACGAGGCGUUCAUGGAUCUGGACAGAGACUUCCUGGAAGUUUAACCCUCCCCCCCACCAGGGCACACGGACACAGAGGGGAGGCCAGGGGGUGAGGAGGGACUUUCCGAUACCUACAGACGAUACUUCAAAGAGCAUAUCCUAGACGACGGCCAUUCAGGGAUCCAUCACUGUACUGUGUGUGUGUGUGUGAUUCCGGACAUGCCGAAUGUUGCCAGAUCACGGCAGGUGUGCGGGCAAACUCCAGCAGCCGUUAACAGAGGUUUUCUGCCUGUCUCAGGUAGUGGAUUGGAAGGAUACCACACAGAAGCAUGGGAAAAAAAUUUAAACCAGAAAACCCCACCCCCUCCCCGUGAAAUACAAAAAAAAAUUCAGGGAUAAGCAAUAGUUUUAAUGUCGGUGGUUUGCUUUAGAUUAAAUCAAAUAAAAGUUCUAUAUAUAUACAUAUAUAAAGAUCUAUUCAGCGAAUCUAUGUGUUUAUAGAUUGCAGCUAAUCUCUGAAAAGCCAGAUCAUUUCCAAACUGAGACAAAACCUCUAAUAUGCACGCUACAGAGUUAACAUUAGUCAAGAUGGGUGUAUGACUGUAAUUUGAAAGGCUGUGGCCGGUCGUCUGUCACAAAUGAAAAUGCUCCUGUUUGCCAUGACCUUAGACCACACGCUUCCUGCUCAUGCUUGAACUGAACGCUGUUUAAAUGUAGCAGUCCUUACUGUUUGCAUUUGGUGAUCAUCAGACAGAGACAAGCAGGGGGCGGAGGACACACGAAAACGCUGCCCUCCCAAGACAAGCUGCUGUUGGUCCAAAGCGUGAGCUGGACUGCUGGGUUCAAAGGUCACAGUCGGCCGAGCUGUCCCUCGUAGGACGCCUCGCACGUGCUGUCACAUGGGCAGUGCUGCCGUCCGUAUGACAGGUGGUAUCCUCUGGUGUUCCGCCCCCACGUCCAACCCACCGCCCUUGCGCAGUACCAGAAGGGAGACUUGCACCCUAAAACCACAAAGGAGAGCAGGGGGAGGGGGAGUGAAUGCUUUUUUUUUAUUAUUAUUACUUUUGGGUUUUGUGGUGACACAGUAUGUUAGCUUUCAAUUCUUAAUUUUUAAAAAUGCACUGCAUGGCAUUUGCAGUUUUAGAACUUAUGUUAACGAUAAUGGCAAUGGUCAUCAUUUUUUUAAUGCUAAGGGCACAUGUGUAAAGUCCAAGGCAGUGUGAGUAGAGAAUAAACUAUGCAGGUUGUGGCAUUUCUCUCAUGAUGAUAUUCUUAUCCUAAUCUCCCCAGUGCUGCAGAACUGGAAGGUCUUUUGUGUUGUCUGUGACUGUUCUCCAGCUGCUCACUUGUCUCCCUUCUGCCGUGAUCUCUCCUCUCCUCUUGGUAGCACCUUGUACCUCUUCUGUCUGAUUGGAUGGAGCAGGGAGGAGGGCUCCUUGCUGUAGAGCAUCUAGCUUUGCCUGCUUUUGCCAGAAUGUGUUGACGUUUCCAGGGAAACAGACGCCAAACUCAGAAGUCUGCUCCUGAAGCAGGUCUUUGAUAUCAGUCAGUUGUGCUGGAGAUCCCUAGAUGGCCCAAGUAACCCUUGUGGAGAGAUACUCAACAAUGACAACAACAAAAAAAAAGAAAACAAAGCUAUGGUUUGAGCUACCUCAUUAUUUUUCAACCCAGCACCAUCUGUUUUGUACUGCCAUUCUUACAUGUAGGGUUGCAAUAAAUCAAGCAUUUCAACCAUGAUCAAAUAUUGUUGUCAGAUACGUUCACACACCAGGGGCUGGUUGUACCAACUGGAUAUCCACCAGGCUUACUGCUGCAUCUGACUCAGAGGAGAGUUAAAGCCCUGGUGUUUGUAUAUCCAACAGUUGCACCAUUUUGAUAUUCCUUUUUGUUAGACUUGGGGACAACCCUCUGUUAAAUUAGCUCCAUGGUGAUAUCAGUUACAGCAGCAUUUUAAGACAGGGGAGCUACAGUGUAAAAUCACUGCUGAGCUUUAGUGCGUAUGGCAAAAGUCAUGUCUAAAAAAUUGUGAUGCAGGCAGAUACAUAGCUAAGAUUAUUAAUAAAUAAUAUAUAGAAUUAGAACAUACACAAAUAUUGAAUUAGCUGCAGAACACCCAUUAUGCAUUGCAGCUAGAUUCCAGUCAGAGCAGUACAUUACAGGAAGCUGGGGGAGAGGCAGAACCCUUCUCUCACUGCAGAUACCACCUGCUGUGGUAUGUUAGCGGUAGUCGUGGUAUUGAUAUUAAGAGGGAUGAUUAAAUGUAAAAAUGGCAUGCUGUAAUUUCGCUCCUAGUUUGAUUCGGGACUAAAUUCCUUUCAAUUAGCAUUUUGCGGUUGGGGCUACCUGGGUAGUUUGUCAGUUAUUCGAUGAUGCAAGCUCUUUGCUAUGGAAAUAUGCUCCCCAUACUGCUUCUCUAAAGACUAACUUUCAUAUCAACAUUGUGGUACAAACAAGAGUAAUUUAUCCAUCAUACUUAUUUAGCUAUAUAGAGAUCCCCUUUAUAAAAACAUAGCUAACUAAACCAGCAAUAAAUAUUUGCAUCAUUAAGUUUUAUUGUGGUUAGCUAGCUGUAAUUCUGGUACUGUCCUGUAUGUGCUUUGGGCUUUGUAAAAAUAAACUUCCAAUAAGAAAAAUAUUGAAUCAACGACACCAGCACAAAAUUGAUGACUUUGCCAAAUUUGUACUUGGUUAGCAAGCUGUAGCUGUAUAAUCUUUUAAAUUAUUUUUAAGGUAUUACUUGUUUAGUUGUAGACUAUAAACUGCUUAAAACACAAGUCAUAGCUUACGUAGUUCACUUAGAGACAUUCAAGAGUUGUUUGAUUCAUGUCAAUUUUGUUCAGUGUUUAUGCAUGCAAACACAUCACAUAUGCUAGACCCCAUGUUAAUGCUCGACCUCUGUUUAUGCUACCUAUUGUAGCUUGGUGCAACAUGUGUAAAGUCAGAUCAAACAGUCAGACAUACCAGUGCCUGUCAAGGCACUUAUGACAAGCUUUUUUAUGCCCAGUUAGUGCAACCGGCCCUGUAAAAGACAAACCUGGGUAAUUCAUUGCAUUACCCUGCACCCUGAAUAGUGGACAUGCCAUCGUGCCAUAGUCCUUUUGGCCUACAUGUUUCCCAGUCCUCAAAGGUUCUCAAGUGAAUUUUUUUUUUUUUUCUCGCUGCUGCUUCUUUUCUUCUCUUGGCUUUCUGCCUGCAGUAGUCUGGUGUAUGAACAUUGACUUUAAUUCCUUUUUAGAGAUAGUUGGGAGUUUACAGGCCGGGCCCGGGAUUAUUCGGCAUGAUGGAGUCCUCUUGACUCCAAAUUGUCCUUGUAAACCCAGAGGCCAGUAUCUCCAGCCUAGCCAGCACCAAACACCAAUCAUGAAUGUUGUGUUCCGAUUCUCUUGAGCUCUGAGGUGAUCCGUGUAAAGCCUAUUUGUGGCUUUUAAAAGAGCACUGGGGAUUCUUGUGGAAAAAACCCUGGGAGUGUGUUUGGUUCAAUGUCUUUACAAAAUCAGUUUGUGAGGGUCAUUUAUUUGAUUGGAGUUAGGUAUAUUUUCCAUGGAUUCCAUGGGACCUUUCUCAAUAACUUCAGACUCCCAGCAGUCUGAAAGUAAAAUAAUAGGAUGAACUAGUGACAAGAGAAAUGCCUCAGGCACAAACCACUUUAAACCAGACUCUUCCAGUAAGAUUAUGGAAAUAAACUUAGUUUUCUUUUCCCUGUUUGAUUUCUUAAAUCAGUUGUACACUACAUCAUUUUUAGUAUGCGGUACUAGAAUUAACUUUCAGGCUUGCCUAGUGAGUCUUUAGGUAUGAAUGAAAAACAUUUUCACACACCCAU